AUGCCCACUACUGGCGUCAUGAGCUCCUCGAUGCUCACGUCUCAGAGCACAGGAAACCUGAUCCAGUCAGGAGCUGGAAUCGUUAGAGGUAUUAAUAACAUGAUGCCUACUUCAGGAAGUAACAGUAAUGUUUUAAACACCAUGGGUCGUGGUGCCGGAAUUAUUAUGCCAACACCAGGUACUUCCAGUAACAUGCGACCUAUUCUUGAACUGCAAAACAUGUGGAACAUGUCUGGCAGCACCAUUUUGCCCUUUCUCGGUGUUUCCAGCUCUAAUCCUUCUUUGGGUUCUCAACACGCCUUAGGCAACGCUCGAAUGGCUCAGAAUGGACAUAUACCAUCCAGCUUGGGUAUGAAAGUUGGUAGCCAAAUGAUUCCUACUCCGGAGCUCAAUUCUUCUCAGGGAAUGGAAAUAUCCAUUGUGUCAUCAGCUGGCUUGGGACUUCCACAUGCUGGCGUUGGGACAGGACAAUUGCAGCAACAGCAGCAGCAGCAGUUUGGAGUGGGGGCAGGUAACCAUAAGUAUGUUGGCAUGAGUGGGCAACUGAAUGGAGGGCUUAUAAGUGGUGCGCAGCAGCAGAAACCCGGUUCGACUAUAGGGAAACUCAACGGAGGCAUGAACAACAGAAUAACGCAGAGCAAUGGGCAGCUUUUGAUGAAUGGAACAGCUAAUUUGCACACGCCAACUGCUUACUUAAACACUUCUCAGUACCCCAGCUUGCAUCAUCGUAUGUACCAGCAACAGGUGCAGCAACUUCAACAGCAACAGCAACAGCACCAACGGCCACAAACUUUACGAAUUCAAUCGCCUUUACCAAAUCCUAUGGCACCUAGGACUGGGAAUAGCUAUGCAAUGAAUGCUACAGAUCUGGCCGGAGGCAGUUUCCCAUCUGCAGGUCUUGCUUCCAACAACUUGGGUAUGACGUCAAUUGCGAAUUCACAAGUUCCAAAAAUGAUACCUGUCCCAGGCUUGCCAUCACAGCAAACUUUGCAACAGCAGGAACUACAGCAUCAACAAGCCAUUCCCCAACAGCAUAUUCAACAGUGCCAUGAUUUUUCAGCAUCAGCAGCUUGUGUAGUGAUAUAUUUUUGGAACUUAUCUGCAGUUCGACCAGUCUCAACAGCAAUCAUUAUCAUCACAGACGCAACUGACAGUUUGAGUUCCAGCAGCUUACACGCCAGCAUCAGUAGUAUUAUUAAAGAGAAUCAUACCACACAGUAUUUGCUCGGUCUUUUGAAAGUGAGUUAUAUGGCUCAGGAGGGUACACAAGCACAGGUGCAACAACAAGCAAUGCAGCAGCAAUUCAAUCGUCUUCCGAAUCUUGCUUCGCAGCAGCGACAUGUCAGCGACAUGACUCAGCAACAGAGGCAAAGGCAAAGUCAGCAACCUCAAGGUGUACAGGAUCAGGAACAACAUCAGCCAGGCUCACAGCUACAACAGCAACAACUGCAUCAGCAAGAGCAAUCACAGCACCAAUCGCAACAGCCAUAA